ACCUCUGGCGUUCGUGGAGGGUGAACCAUGGCGCCAGGCUGCUGAUUCAAACAGGUUGGAGGACAAACGUCCGGCUCCGGAGAGGCCGAUGGUCGCAGCGUGGGCCAGACGUGUCCUUGCCAUCUCUUCAUUGACCUUCCUGGGACGGAGUUACCCGGCGACAUGGGUGUGAUAGGUGUGCAGUUGGUGGUCACUAUGGUAAUGGCCAGCGUCAUACAGAAGAUUACACCCCACUACUCGUUUGCUCGUUGGUUGCUUUGCAAUGGAAGCUUGCAAUGGUACCAGCAUCCUACAGAAGAACAACUUCAAGUGUUGGCUGGAAAGCAACAGAAAGCAAAAUCCAAGAAAGAAAGGAAAUAUAAUGGACACAUAGAAACCAAGCCGCUGACUGUUCCUAAGGAUAUUAAUCUGCAUUUGGAAGCAAAAAGCAUUACAGAAAUGGAUACACGAGUUCUGCAUUACUUCCCUGAGUACCAGUGGCUGGUGGAUUUUACUGUUUGUGCUACAGUUGUCUAUGUCAUUACUGAAGUCUACUACAGUCUGACUAACCCUCGUAAUGAGAUGAACAUCAGUAUUGUUUGGAGCCUGCUCGUCCUUACCUUUGUAUUUAAGGUAUUAUUUUCACUGACCACUCACUACUUUAAAGUGGAAGAAGGUGGGGAGAGGUCAGUUUGCAUCACCUUCGGUUGCUUUUUCUUUGUGAAAGCAAUGGCGAUCCUAAUUGUAACAGAGAACUAUUUGGAGUUUGGACUGGAAACAGGGUUUGCAAACUUUUCUGGUGGGGCUAUGCAGUUCCUUGAGAAACAAGGCUUGCAAUCCCAAGGUCCUGUCUCAAAACUGACCUUCAAAAUGUCACUGGCUAUUCUUUGUGGUUUCAUUGGUGCUUUCCUGACCUUUCCUGGCCUACGACUGGCUCAGAUGCAUCUGGAUGCUCUAAAUCUUGCAAAGGAGAAGCUUACACAGACUUUGCUUCAUGUGAACUUCCUCUCACCACUAAUCAUGGUACUUCUGUGGGUGAAACCUAUUACAAAAGACUAUAUCAUGAAUCCACCACUUGGCAAAGAAAGCAUUCCUUUAAUGUCAGAGUCUACAUAUGAUUCAUUGCGACUGUGGAUUAUUAUCGCUCUCUGUGUUCUCCGACUGGCCUUAAUUCGUCAACACCUGCAAGCGUACCUAAACUUGGCACAAAAGAGUAUAGAACAAAUGAAGAAAGAGGCAGGACGUAUCGGUACGAAGGAUCUGCAAAAGAUGGUUGCCCGAGUGUUCUAUUACCUUUGUGUGAUUGCACUUCAAUAUGUGGCACCAGUGAUUAUGCUUCUUCAUACAACACUGCUUUUAAAAACCCUGGGUCACCAUUCCUGGGGACUUCUCUCAGAACCUUCAUAUAUGUCUCCUAAGGAGAUCACCGAAGCCUCCAAUUCUGUCAAAUCAUCUACUCUUGUAGCCAAUGAAAGCAAAAAGCUGACAGUUGCACAGAUAACAAUGGCACUGGAUGGUCUGCAGAACGUUUUCACUCCAUUACUCUUCCGAGGCCUCCUCUCCUUUCUAACAUGGUGGAUUGCAGCUUGCCUGUUCUCUACAAGCCUUUUUGGAUUGUUCUAUCAUCAGUACUUGACAAUCGCAUGAGUGACUAGCAUGGUAAAGCUGGACGUCCAAAUAUUCUCCUAGAACAUCAAAUCAAAGCCACUUUUUGGAGAUUAAAACAAAAGGAUAUUUUAAACCAUUGUGGAAUCAGCAUAUUGCUGAAAUGCAGAACACAGAUUAACCUGCUCAGUUCCAAUACUUCCUCUGGUUCUCAGGGUGGUUAAAUGUCUUAACAAUUUGAAAUGAUGUCAUGUUACUAAUGCAAUGAUUAGGUCAAUUAUCUUUGCAUGAACUUUGCAGUUAUCAACAAAAGAUUAUUUGGCCGAGGUGGUUUAAAGUUGAUGGAUAAUUGGAUAAAAUUAAAAAUUGAUGGAUUUAGUUCUCCAACUCCACUGGGUUUUAAACACAGGAGAUUCUGCAGAUGCUGGAAAUCAGAGUAACUCAGAUAAAAAUGUUGGAAGAGCUAAGCAGGUCAGGCAGCAUCUAUGGAGGGGAAUAAACUGAAGCAUUUUAGGCCAAGACCCUGAUGAAGAUUUGUAAGAGAACAGGCCCAAAAUGCCAACUGUUUAUUUCUCUCCAUAGAUGCUGCAUGUCCUGCUGAGUUCUUCCACCAUUUUGAGUUUGUUAUUAAUCUGCUUAGAAAUUUAAGAUCAGAAUCUUAAAUCUAAAAGUAAGCAAAAGGUCAGAACUUCAUUCUGGCAUGAGCUUUACAAAAUGCCAUUGCCCGAUUCGACAUCCUCAACAUUACUGAGACCCUUUGUAAAUUGGGGGUCUGCUUCAUGAACAUCUGUGCUCCAUCCACUAGAAGUGGAACUUCCCGAUGGUUAAAAAUUUUUAUUCUGAUUCUCGUUCUCAUUCGGACAUUUUGGUCCAUGGCCUCUUCUUGUACCACGAUGAGGGCACCCUCAGGAUGGAGGAACAUAUCCUUAUAUUCUGUCUGGGUUGCCUCCAACUUGAUGGCUCGAAUAUCAAUUCCUCCUUCCAGGAAAAAAAACCUCCCUCCCCUCCCCUCUUCUAUUCUUCACUCUGGCCUCUUACCUCUUCUCACAUGGCUAUCACCUCCCACUGGUGCCUGUCCUUCUUCCCAUGGCCCACUCCCCUCUCCUAUCAGGUUCCUUUCUCACCAACCCUUUAUCUUCACCUCCCGCCUGGCUUUACCUAUCGCCUUCUAGCUGUCCUCUUUCCCCUCCAGCCACCAUUUUAUUCUAGUAUCUUCCCCCUUCUCAUCCCAAAACGUGGACUGUUCAUUCAUUUCCAUAGUUGCUGUCUGACCUACUGAGUUCCUUCAGUCUUUUAUGUGAGUUGCUUUGGAUUUCCAGCAUCUGCAGAAUCUCUCGUGUUUUUGUUAAUGUGUAGCUUGAUUUGAACGUGAACACUUUUUGUAAUCCCUUCAAUAUGCUUAUGCAAACAUUAAGAUAAUGGAUGAGGCUUUUCGUUUCCCUCUCCCAAGACAAGUACGAAUGGACUUUAUCAGUUGUACCCUGUGAUAAUUUUAAACAUAAAGCUUAAUUGAUUCUAAAUGUUGUCUUCUUCUUAAGCCCAGUUCUCCUACUGGGGUAUAGGCUGCCAAUAGCAGUUUGCCUGAGUGCUCUGUCCAGGGGCAGUCAUUUAGGUUGUCCCCAGGUGUAGCCCAUCUUCUUGGUACAUCCUCCCUCUCCCAGAGUUGAGGUCUUUAAAGCUUCUGUUUGCAUUCGUGUAGCACUGGGUUUUUACAGGAUGGGGUUGCUAGCCUCAUGUUCAACUCCCCUCUCGCAGCUGGGCUUGAGACCGUCCUUGGCAGAAUUGGUUUUAAAUUUAGAGCUAAGAAAAUUCAAUCUGAUCAGCAAUUUGUAUUGAGGGACUCCUUAGGAAUAACUGAGCCGUUUGUUAAAAUGUGUUUUAUUUAUCCUUUUGUUGGAAAAUCCAGCAUCUUUUCACUGUAAAGGAGUCUUUACAGCUGGAAUGAGACUAUAACUACUGUAUAUUACAGUAAGAGUUAAAUAUUGCAGAUUUUUAAGGGAACAAAUUUCUUUGAAGUUGUGGUUGUUGCUGUAAGAGAGUUUGAUUUAUCGCUUGAGAUGAGACAUUAGGUGAAUGAUUUUUAUUUUAAAAGUGUUUUUGUAUUGUCCAAAAAAACCCGCAAUACAAUGGAUUGUGGCUUGCCUCAUUGCAGGAAGCUAAUUUUUAGAAGCACCUCAGCGCUCUUAACUACAUCGUAUCAUGAACUGGAAUUCCAAUUUUUUACAUAAUUUUCAAAUCUAUUGAAUGGAACUUCACUUACAAGCUGAUGGAUUUACUUUUCUUUGUUUGAUACUGUAACAUCUUAACUUUUACAUCAGGAAAUUUCUUACUGAAUUCCAUAGUAAAUUGAAAUUUAAAUGCUUAAAAUAUUUAUUGUAUGCAUUUGACUGCCUGCAACGGCAUCAUGCAGUUAUAUAAUGGUCUUCACGCACUAAAACGUUGCAAAAGAUGUUACUGAGAGAUUGGAUGAUACAAGAUACAAUGUAGAAGAGAAAGGCUCUUGUGAUUAAAACAGGCUCCACGAUUUGUAAUCAAAUUCAGUAUCGGGUUUAAUAUCACUGGCAAAUGUCAUGAAAUUUGUUGUUUGUGGCAGCAGUACAUUGCAAUAUAUAAUAAUUUUUUAAAACUAUAACUUAUUUAAUUGGUAAACCUCCAACAUUUCCAAUCCAUGAAAAGAUGAGAGUUUGAUUUUUGGUUGCAAUUUUGUUCAUCAAAUGUAGUUUAUAAAAGCUACCCCCUCAAUUAAAUUGAAUUUCAGUAAUUGCUACAGAAUUAUUUAAUAUUUCCUCAAGAAAAUGUAAUGUGCCAAGUAAGUUUUAUUUAAAUCUGUUUUGUUAUACUUGUCCUGCUGCUGAAUGGUAUUUUCUUGAAUGUUAUGGAAUAUUACAUUUCCUUUGCCAAGCAAUAGAUGGGAUGCUACUCUUGAUUAGGCUAUCGAUUUUAAUUCAGUUUGCUAAGGACAUGCAAGUAAUAAACAUGCUUCAAGUUUCCAAGAGUUUUAUCGGAUGUUAUCGUUUAAAUACAAAUUAUAUGCACUGUCCUUGAAUGGUGCUAUUUUGGACAAAUCGCAGACUAAUCAAACAGUCCAGAAUGUUGCUUCAUCUCUGUGGUACAGCAGCAUAUUUUUGAUACAUUUUUGGCCAGCUAUGAUCGCUGGCCCUUUUCCAUCUCUAUUUAUCUUCUUUGAAAGUUAAGUGCAAUUACUGUGGAUGCAAACUAAAUAAUGAAAACAUAUCAGAAAAGUAAGAUUGAAAUUCAGUUUAUUAGUAUAAAAUGCCAGAAGUAGCAAUUAAUCUUAAUUGACCAUUUUCUAAUGAAGCAUAACCCUUAAAGUAAUAUCCAUUUGUUAUACCUACUAAGCUGUAUAUAGUCGUAUGUUUGAAGCAAAUAAAAUUAGUCCUUUUGUAUUCUUUAUGUAAUUACAACUUCCUCUGUGAAUAUGACUUGUACUGACGUAACAUUGAAGAAAGUAUGAUCUUUCUAAUGGAACCUAAAUCAUAGCUGAAAUCUCUAUCGUCAGUCACUGGAAUUGGUCUGUACUUGGUUUAAUUUUUUUUCCAUUAUAAAUUGUUCGAUAUGGGCGUAAUUGACAUUUUAUGGACAAAAAGACAUAGUUAUCCCUCUUUGUACCAAAAGAUAGAAGUAAUGUAAUCAUAAAUUUUUUGAGCAGGACUGACGAGUUAGAGUAAAUAACUAAUUUAUUGAUCCAUUUUGUCAAUAGCCAUUGACAGGUGUAAUUUGUUCCCGUUCACCUUGCCAGUUAGGAGCUAGACUGUAAAGUCAGCAUCAGUAUUGGCUACAGUGCUAUAGGUUGUCUGCAAAUGGUAUUGGGUAAGAAGAGGGUGAAUCAAGUAAAACCAGGCAACUCCAUCUCAAACUAGCAAAAGCACUCCUAGCACCCAAACAAGGUGGCUGUUUUGUACAACGUAUCUUGCUGUCUGUCCAGGCAAAGCUGAUAUCCCACCUGCACAAUUGCAAUCAGAGGGGAGUUUAAUAAAAUUAUAAACACCAGGUUCUGCAGUUGUUGGAAAUCCAGAGUCGAGCAGCAUCUAUGGAGGGGAAAAUACAGUCGACGUUACGGGCAUAUAUAUGAUGACGUCUCAAUGAGGUGGCAAGUCCUUAUGAAGGGUCUUCGCCCGAAGCAUCGACCAUUUAUUCCUCUACAUCAGGUUCACAACCUUUUUGUUAGGCCAUGAACCCCUACCAUUAACCGAGGGGUCUGUGAACCCUAGGUUGGGAUCCCUGCUCUACACAGAUGCUGCUCAAUCUGCUGAAUUCCUCCAGCAUUUUGUACGUUGCUCACAGAAUAAAAUGAGGUUAUAUUCUUUUCUUAAUUACAAGCAAUGUUCUUGAAGAAUAUUAAGGAAUACUGUAUUUCAUAUUUGACAAACAGAUUUAGUGUUAAUAUUUAACAGCUGAUAUAAAUGGAUAGGGUUUAAUAGACAGUAGCAUUGCAAUUAACAAGAUGCUAUUGCAGCUGGGGUUGUUGGAGUUGAAUUCCAGCAACAGCUGUAAGGAGCCUCUUUGUGUCCUCCCUAUGGAAUGCAUGGAUUAUUUUUUGGGUGCUCCAAAGACGUACAAGUUAAUAGGUUAAUUGGUCACUGUAAUUUGUCUGGAGAUUAAAUUAGGUUUGCUUAGGAGAUGUGGGUGCAGGGCCAGAAAGGCCUGUUCCACACUGUAUCUCUAAAAGUAAAUAAAUACCAGUGAAGUCAAGAUCCUAGGAGAGAAUUUGAACAAUUUUGAUUCUGAAUCAAAGUCCUGAAGUUAGUGUGUCAAACCUAAUUAUGGAAUCAGAUAUUCCAUGAUAGUGGGUAGUUAUCCAUGUUUAUUGCCUGUUACGCCGCUGGCAUUUAGGACCAGCAAUAAAGAUCCUACAUCUCUGGCAGUGUACAGGUCUUCCUUCAUCAUGUUUCCUUUUGGUUUUCACUACUAUCAUUCAUGCAAGUCCCAGUUGAAGACUGAGGAAUACUGUCCCACUCAGAUGUAAGGCUUUAUUGCUGUUUCCAUAACAAUUUUGUUUUGCCAGUUGGGGUUGUUAGCCCUGACAACCCUUUGACCUGUUUGGCAUGGGUGACCCUACCAAAAGCAAAAGCAUAAAGCCUAGACUCCAGCCAACAUAGCUCUCCAGGUCAUUGAGACAAGCAAGCUUCCAAACCACAACCAGGCUCUGGUCAGUUUGGAAGUGGCUAUCCAUAACCCCCUAACCAGCAGUAAUUGAGGCCUUUCGAGAGAAUUGUAUUUAUAUUUGAAUGCACUUAAAUGGCUUGAAAUCUUUCUUUUAAUAAUAUUGUUGCUAUUGAUUUGAAUGAAGCGGGAUAUUUUCUUGUAUUUAUGAGGGUAGUUGUAUCUUGGUUAUAGUAAGAUACAUGUUUCAGUAAAAUUAGGAAUUGGUCACCUUGGAGACUGAAUUGGUUACUUAAGACAAAAGUUUUAUUAACCUACUUUAAAUUUUAUGAUGUGAAUACUUCUCCAAAAGACUGCAAGUUUGUCAUUCAAUUUAUUUUGGUUAUAGUGGAGAGAAUGGAUUUGUGGUGGUACUCCACUAUAGUAAUCCAGAAAUUCAAAUAAAAGAUCUAGGAAACACAACUUCAUACUUGUGUGUAGCUGUUUAAAAUUUUAAUAUAAUUUUAUAUAAAGCAGACAAAUCUGGAAAAGCAAAAGUUAUUCAAAGUAAACAUGAAACUAGUGUUUCAGCAAAAAAACCCAGCCAUAGUCUGGUCUAUAAAUGCCUCCAGUUCUAAACUAGUUAAUAAUUGUGGCACGGUAGCAUCAUGGUUAACACAACACUUGACAGUACCAAUGACCCAGGUUCAGUUCUCUCUGUAAGGAGUUUGUAUGUUGACACUGUGACUGCAUGGGUUUCCUUUGGUUGCUCUGGUUUCCUCUCCCAAUCUGAAGAUGUACCAGUGGCAGAUUAAUUGGUCAUUGUAAGUUGUCCUGUGAUUUGGCUAGGGUUAAAUCAGGGGUUGCUGGGUGGCAUGGUUCGAAGGGCCUUAAGGCCCUAUUCCACGCUGUAUCUCAAUAAAUAAAUUAAUUAACCAGUCAACUUAUCAGAAAUAAUAAAAAAAAUUGAAGAAACUUUUAACAAUUCAAUUUUUUAAUUCAAUUUUAAAGAAAAAAAGCACCACCACCUCCAGUUAAGGACACACAUCUUAAUAAAAUAAUGCAUGGUAAAAAUUGUCAUUCUGGCAGUAGUUUAUGGAAUAUUACUUGUGAACAUCAACACAAACAUUGCAGUUGUAUAAUACAGUACCUCCUUUUGCAAAAUCUGGCAAAAUAAAAAGGCUUUCUUCUCUGUAAGGCCCUUAUUUAAAAAAACUGCAGAUCACAAGAUAGUAAAUAAUUCAUCACAAGUUUGUCAUGAUGUUUGAUUGUGCAUUUAAUAUCAGAACUUAUCAUUCAGAGGUUGUAAUUAAGUUCAAAUUCUAUUUGACUGCUAAUAACCAGUGGGUUUAUGAAGAAAUCAGGGUGACUAAGUACUAGUUUCUCUAAUCACUGUUCCCUCUGAUGUGCAGGUCUGCGGCCGUGCAGUAACUGAAAUGUUCCCACGCACAUGGCCUUAGUUGUGCAGCUUGAAUAAAGACAGAUAAGAAAAAGUUUACGAAAUACAAAAAAAAAUUCUUUGUGCUGCUUUUCAUUAUAUCCUUCAGUUAAUAAAUAGCAUCAAAAGUGUGAUUUUUCACUUUUCAUUCUAAAUAUUCAUAGAAUGCAUGGAAAUAACUCGGGUGGCUGAUGGUUGGGUUGAGUUCUCUAAUCUUCACAAUCCAUUUGCAAAUGUUUCUCCACCAUAUGAGGAGGCAUUAGUGCUCAUUGAUGACGUCUACUCGUAUGGUGACGAAACAUUCAGAAAUGGAUUGCCAAGAUUCGACAACACCUCAAUCCAACCAGAGUAUGCAUAUUACAAAAAGCACACUUAGAGGUGCUGAGCCAUUUUCAGGCCAUGUAAAAAUUUCCUGCUCAAUGCAAUGGUUGGUUAGCGCAGCUGCAAAGAAAGAAUUAGAGGGAACGUUGACUAUAACAUGUAACUGAGCUGGGUUUCUGUAUGGAUAACCUUUCAAAUACCAAAUAUCUUCUAAGUUUUUCUUAUGUUUAUGACUGUUUCUUGUAUGUGCAUGGUUGCCAAUUUUAAGAUUGUGAAGUGAUUGCACAAACAACUUGAUGUUUUCUUUAAGUUAUAUUGUACACAUCUGAAAGAGUAGUGAAAAUGUAUUUCAUUCAUAAUUUAUGGAAUCUGGGUUCGAAUUGUGUACUUAAAGCAUUGAUUAAAAUUCUAGGCAAUAAAGUUGAUGUGUUUUGAAUGAAGAUCCUAUCUGGUUCGAAGGAUUACCAAACACCAAAGAGAAUGUGCAUGAACAAUCUGCUGCAUUUUGUACAUAGUACUCAAAAUAUUCCAGUUUGACUCAUCUACAGCCUUUGGAACCAAUCUGAGCUAAUGAUUACCCCUAGUAAUUAUACUAAAGUGCAGUAUGAAAGCUGUAAUUGCAGAACAGGAGUUUAAAAAAUAUAUAACAUCUUGAAUUUGAAGUAUUACAGCAGGUAAAACCCAACAACAGCAGCAGAACUUGUUCAUGUGAAUAAACUAUUUACUAGUCAUUAGAAAUAUUUUUCAUGAACAAAAAUGUUAAAUAAAGCUUGUGCAUA